UUGAGGGGCAAAGACAAAAAACCCGCAGAGGCCAGCAACCCUCAACAACUGGAUCAGCCCUCAUUAGAGCCGGAGAAAGACGAGGAACGCGUGUUGAGUGGCGUGUCUGUGCGUGUGCGUGUGCGUGUGCGUGGCAGAAGGGGAGAGCGCGGGAGGGCAGCUGAGAGGCAACUCCAGUCCGUUUUUUUUCUUGCAGAAGCUCGGUCACAGCAGAGGAGCGCGUGUCCUCCGGUUCAGCUCUCCGGCCAUGCUGGGCCAUCGGCUUUAUUUUAUCGAUUUUUGUACCUUUCUUUGAGGGAGAUGUGGCCACUUGCACUCAUUUCUGUCUGUUUUCUGGCUCUUCACUGCGCAGCCGAUCAGUGCAACUGGACAGGAAGCGGUUUUGUGGCCGGCCUAGACUCCCGGAUCGUGCUGCAGGUGCGGCUGCGCUGCACGGGGGGCUUCGUGCGCUGGCUCUACCCGGGCCCGGCUCUCCGGGUGGUCAUCGAGCCGAACGUGUCCUCCUCCCUGCGGAGCACCGUCUGCAUCAAGCCGUCCCCUUCUUUCGGGGGAGCCAGCGUGUUCGUCGAACGGAACGGGGAGCUGGAGCUGCUGGGGGCGGAGGGCCACCGGCUGGACCGCCAGGUGCUCUGUUUCCGGGCAGAUGCGCAGCACAGACCCGCCAUCUACCUGCAGGCCAGCCCGCAGGGCCACGGGCCCCGGAGCAGAAACACCAUAGGGUUCAAAUACGAGCUGCUGACCAACACGAGCGUCCUGCAGAGGGACAAAGCCGAGGACACUGCAGACCACAGGGUGGCUGGAGGGCACCGGGCCAGAAGGCCCACAUUCAAACUGCAAAUACUUUUCAGAUUCCGCAAAUACCUCGUCAUUGUCCGUCCGGCUUCAUGCAGACCCUGCAAUGACACGGAGCUGCUGCUGGCCAUCUGCAACAGUGACUUUGUGGUUCGAGGCUACAUCAGAGGCGUGUCACAUGACUCCAAGAAGCAGACGACACUGAUAGAGGUGUCGGCUACAAAGGUGUACUGGCAGCGCAGUGGACUGUUUGAGCCACGAGCAGAUCCCUCUCUGCCCUCUCGGCCCUCUGUGUCCUGGCUCGGACACAUUCACACACUCCUGCGGUGCCACGUGAAGCCCGGGGACGGAGAGUUUCUCUUCACAGGGUCGGAGCACUUCGGGGACGCUUGGUUAGGCUGCGCCCCGAGAUACAAAGACUUCCUGUUCGUCUACUACAAGGCCAGGAUGGAGCAUCGGAAUUCGUGCGACUUCCCUGUAGACUGA